AUUAGGGAUGAGGGAAUAUCGAUGUUCGCGCAUCGGUGGUGGCGCAGUCAAGCCCUCGAGUCUGCGCAAAGUAACCUGAUGAACGAGCUCGGACGCUACAGUGGCUACCAAGGAACCUCGACCGCUGGGGAUUAGAGCUCACGAGCUCCGGGUAAUUGAGAUUAGGAUGGCCGACGAGGCCUCGGCACCGCUCUCCAAGGGCUAUCUGCAUGCGUGUCAGAGGGCCGAACUGCUGGGACUGCAGACACCCUCAGAGGCCGAAUGGCUGGCCAGCGAGGAGUGCCAGAGGGAAGCCGUCGAGACUGAGGCGCACGAAGACGCCGUUGCUCAGGAAUUAAGUGAAAAUGAUGAAAAUAUGAGACACAUUUCCGGAGGAUUAGAUGAAUUAAAUACUAUCUUAAGUGCAACACAGAAGAAAAUCAAUAAAUUCAAGACGGUUUGCGGCAGCUUGGGCACAUUGCUGAAGGCGCGCGUCCAAUCGCAGUCCGGUUCGAGGUCCGACCAGUCGACGGCAUCCGAGCAGCAGCAGGAGGAGGCGCAGGUCGAGUCAGAGACCGAGCGGGAGUGCGAGGAUAAGCCGUACCCAGUUAUGGCCAGGAAGCCCGAUCUCAAUGCCAAGGUCGAGUCGCACCUCGAUAAGCUCGACUCGCUCAUGAAGAAGGCGGAGAACGCUCAGUAUAGCAUGAAGCACCAGACCUCGCAGAUGAAGCAGUUCUUCAAGUGAGGGAGCGGAAGCCAGGGCGGAUGUGGUUAAGGUCCGCGGUGAAUCUCGGAUCUUAAUGCACUUGAUUAUAAAGAUUGAUUGGCAGUUUGUGGCAGCUCCUUUAAAAGGAGACGCGCGAUUGCUCGCUUUUUAUAUUUUUGGUCGAGU